AGGAGCAGCACUGUCAGCUUUUCAAGGGUGGGAAACUAGCUCUUUUAAUUGAUUAUGCUGGAAAUGAAAAUAAUUACAGACUAUGUUUAAUUGGUUAGGGAAGGAAUAUGGAAGAGCAGGUGCAUGGUGGCUUUGUUCUGAUCCAACCAUUGUGUCUCUGGUGUUUGAGGAUGGACUUUUCGUACUGAUCCUCAUUUAUGCUAUUAUCAAAGAUAAGUAUUACAGGUACUUUACAGGUACUUUGCUGUGUGUUUGUGAAAUAUAUAGUGGGUGGAUGACAUUCUGGUCAGACUGGCUUGUUGUCAGUCCUAACUUAAAUACUAGUAAUUGGCUUUACCUUUGGGUCUACCUGGUAUGUUUUAAUGGUAUCUGGGUUGUGAUACCAGGACACUGACUGUGCCAGUCUUGGUUAGCACUUAAGAAAAUGCAUCAAGAAAAAUCAAAUAUUAGAAAGAAGAUUAAAUGGAGAUAAUCCCACUUCACUAACCCCAUUAAUCCUGAGAUUUUUAUAAAGUAUUUGUAGGCAGGAUUUUUUCCUUAAGCAGAGAUGGAGUCAACUAUUGGAUGCUCUUUGUUCAUCUUUGCAUUGUGAAUCUUUAUCGCGUGAUGCAUGUAAAGCUUGUAUUUUAAACAGACUCAAAUAACAAGUAUAUAAAUCUCAAAUUAUUACAACAUUGCACAAUAAAAACAAUGUACUUUACAAAUGAA